AUGGCUUUCAGGUUCCAGUUUGUUGCUCUCACUACUCUUCUCGCUGUGGCGAAUGCUGGCCUUCUGCCUGCAACUUCAUAUGCGCAUUUGAGUCAGACACACUCGAGCUAUGAACACGCUGCACCACUCCACUACGCGGCACCAGCUGAGGCCAUCCUGACUAAGGCUGUUGACGCCGACUACGAUCCACACCCAAAGUACAGCUUCUCCUAUGAGGUUCAUGAUUCGCACACUGGUGAUGCCAAAUCUCAGCAAGAGUCCCGCGACGGUGAUGUUGUGACAGGCUCCUACAGCCUCACCGACGCUGAUGGAACCCGCCGUGUUGUUCAUUACACUGCUGAUGAUCACAGUGGAUUCAAUGCUGUUGUUAGUAAGGAACCUCUUCACGCUGCACCAGCAGCCCACGCUCAAUCUCCUGCCUACCACACACAGUCUGCCUACAAAUUUGCGGAUGAUUCUUACUACUAUCACUAA